CCAUCUCUGCAAUUUUCAAUUGCUUUCCAGAUUUUUGUAUUCAGAUGAAGUUCAGAUUGGCCCAGAAACAGUUAUGACCACUCUUUAUACUGCUAAGAAAUACGCAGUCCCAGCCUUGGAAGCACACUGUGUGGAGUUCCUCACCAAGCAUCUUAGGGCAGAUAAUGCCUUUAUGCUACUUACUCAGGCUCGACUGUUUGAUGAACCUCAGCUCGCUAGUCUUUGUCUGGAUACCAUAGACAAGAGCACGAUCGAUGCGAUAAGUGCAGAAGGGUUUACUGAUAUUGAUAUAGACACACUCUGCGCAGUUCUAGAAAGAGACACACUUAGUAUCAGAGAGAGUCGGCUUUUUGGGGCUGUCGUGCGAUGGGCAGAAGCAGAAUGUCAAAGACAACAAUUGCCUGUGACCUUUGGAAACAAACAGAAAGUUCUAGGAAAAGCACUGUCCUUGAUCCGGUUCCCGCUGAUGACCAUUGAGGAGUUUGCCGCCGGGCCUGCUCAGUCUGGGAUUUUGUCAGAUCGUGAGGUGGUAAAUCUCUUUCUUCAUUUUACGGUCAAUCCCAAACCCCGAGUUGACUACAUAGACCGACCGAGAUGCUGCCUCCGAGGAAAGGAAUGCUGCAUCAGUAGGUUCCAGCAAGUGGAGAGCCGCUGGGGGUACAGUGGGACCAGCGAUCGAAUCAGGUUCACGGUUAACAGAAGAGUCUCUGUAGUCGGGUUUGGCUUAUACGGGUCUAUCCAUGGCCCCGCGGACUAUCAAGUGAACAUACAGAUCAUUGAGUAUGAAAAAAAACAAACCCUGGGACAAAAUGAUACCGGAUUUAGUUGUGAUGGGAGUGCCAGCACGUUCAGGGUGAUGUUCAGAGAGCCCAUAGAGAUCCUGCCCAAUGUGUGCUACACAGCGUGUGCAACCCUCAAAGGCCCAGAUUCCCACUAUGGCACGAAAGGGCUGAAGAAGGUAGUGCACGAGACACCUGCUAGCAAGACCGCCUUUUUCUUCUUCAGUUCCCCUGGCAACAACAAUGGCACUUCAAUAGAAGACGGACAGAUCCCAGAAAUAAUAUUCUACACAUAGCUUAUCACAUCCUACACCUUGGCUCAACCGUACCGUGCAGUGUAGUCGCGAAGGCAUAAAAAACUGGCCACACACAAAAGUUUGAGUGUGAUGAAUAUUUAUAGUUUUAAGAUAAACAUCUUAGUUUCUUAGAGGAGAUAGAUAAAUGUUUAUUUAAAUCUGUGUAUAAUUUCAACGCAGAUUUUCCAUUUUCUUAUAACAUUAGGGGAAAGAAAAUUGGGUUUGUUUAGAAACACCACCACCUGUUUCAGCUUUAUCUUGUAUAAUUUCAUAGACUGACUCGUGGUCUUUCAACAGUUUUAUAACUGAAAGAGUUUUGUUUUGUAUAGCUGGUUCGUUUUGUUUGAACUGUUUUGAAGGUUAGGUGAGAUGACAUGGGUCAGUAUUCCUAUAGAAUUCCUAUUAACUCAAAUAGCUAAUUUCAGACAAUUAGGAAAACUGACCUUAUAUUUGGAGUUUUGAAAUAUCUGGUUGUUAGCAUUUGGAAUAUUGCUAGAAAUAGGCCUAAUAAAUGCCUAAGAAAAUUUUCAAUGCUUUUACAGAAAAGGAUAUUUUGUAAUAGUAUAUUAAUGUGUUACAUAGUACAGUUUUAAACUACAAAUGGAGUUUGUACAGAUUCACAAUAAUGUGAUAUAAAGAAGGAUCUAAGGAAUAGUCUAAGACUAGAUUCUUUAUCACUGAACCACACCACUGUACCUGUUUGUAUGGGGGAUGCUGCUGAGAGUGCCCAGGGUAGAGGUGAGGAUGGUGAGGGGGGUGGUGACGUAGACACACACGUACGUUCGGCAUUGGGGCGAUGGCCUUACACAGCAAGACACAGAAUAGGGCACCAACAUUUCUAACAACUGCUUUGAAAUUUAAAGAGAUCCGAGAGAAUCACUCCUGCUGCAGUGACACCGUGCUUGGCCGCCUACACAGCUGUAUCCAAGAAGUAAACCAUGCUCAAUGUUCAUGACCUCACAACGUCCCAGGUACAGCCGGAUUAGGAAGGGGCAGGAAGGCUAUGUGGCAGAAUGAUAUUUGUACACUUUUUUACAAAGCAGAGUUUUUAUAUAAAUAACAUUCUUUUUUUCUUUUGAAAGCAGUUAUAAAAAACUUACGUGUAAUUACGUUCAAGGUAUAUCAAAUAGUUGUGGAAGAUGGUUAAAAAUCACUUUUAAGUAUCAACUAGAAUUCAUGUUUUCUAAAUAAUGAGGAUAUAAACUUUUUCACUUAAAGUAGCAUUUCAUUAUAUAUUUUUAAGAAGGUAGAGGCAGCUUGUGGCAGAGGUCUCUUGGAAUUGCUGAAGAAAAGGGAAGUUUUUCUACCCUGGUACCAUGACCUCAUGGACGUGAGCCUCGUUAGCGGGAAUGCCUGGGAUGUGAGGUUUGGUUACCCGGCCAGCACUGCCUGAGAAAGGAGGGUGUGCCAGAGAGGCCCCUCGGGCUCCCAGCGCUGGCCCCCAGCGGAGACUGGCCGAAGGUCGCUAGAGCAGGCACAGGAAUGGCACUGUUUACUGAUAUGGGACAUCCCUGGAAUUUUUAAUAAACAUUACCCAUUUAUA